CUGCCUAGCUACCAUCUGAACAGUAUCCUUAGAUCUUCAUUUCUGAAAGGGAUUGGUUUUUUCUCAGGUGCCAUGAAGGCACUAGUAGCUUUAAUACUGCUUGUUCAGCUUCCAAUUCACAAAGCUGCACCAGCAGCUCCCCCUGCUCCCUUGGGCUGCGAUGACCCAGAAUCUGAAGCAGCAGCUGAAGUAGCUGUGAGUUAUAUUAAUGGCCACAGUCAUCACGGAUACAAGUUUGCCUUAAACAGAAUCGAGAAUAUCCGCACGGUGCCCCAGGGACCGAAUAAUGACAUAAUAUUUCUUGAACUUGACUUAUUAGAGACCAAGUGCCACAUUCUCGACCCCACACCUCUUGCAAAUUGCACAAUAAGGAGCUUAGCAGAACAUGCAGUUGAGGGGGACUGUGAUGUCAAACUGCAGAAGCUGGCUGGAAAGUUUUCUGUACUUGCUAGUAAAUGCCACUCACAUGCAGACUCCAGCGAAGAUGUUCAGCAGCUGUGCCCGGACUGUCCACUGCUGGAGAGUUUGAAUAACACUGAGGUAUUGGCAACAGUGACAGCUGCACUCAGCAGCCACAACAGCAGAACCACAGGGGCUCACCUCAGACUCCUGGAGAUCGGAAGAGCCACAAUCCAGCAUGCACCGGCGCAUAUCGUCUCCGUUGAGUUUGCUGUGGGUGCCACGAACUGCUCAGCAGCAGCAGCUCAGGAUAAUGUGGCGGCUUGUCAACUGCUGCCCGACGAUCAGUCUGAUUAUGGUUUUUGCAAAGCAACAAGGGUAAUACAACCCUCACAGGACCCCAGUGUGGAUUGCCAGCUCUACGGACAUCAGCCUGGAGUUACCUACUUUCAACCAGGUCAAGGUACAUCAGCAGGACUGGUGCCCAGUGUUGUACAAGGCUUCACAAACCAUAACCUCAGGCUUUCCCACAAUAACCCUGUUGCAUCUGAAUCCAGCUCUUCAGAAUUUCCUUCUUCCGCGCUCUCAGCAAAAUCUGUAGCAAAGAGAGCAGUUGCCGAGGUUGCUCAGCAUGACAAGGUACCUCGCCCAGUUGGCUUUGUGCCUCCUCCUCCUCCAUGCCCUGGAAAGAUUCGCUAUUUCGACAUCUAGGCUGUGUUACAGACACAGCAAUACAGCUAACUGAAGGAGCAGUGUGCAGCAGCACACAGACCACAACAUCAAGUGCACGCUUGACUCUGAGCCCAAAUGAGUUCUGCUCUCCAGAGGCCAGAGCUGAGGCUGGGAUCUCGCAAAGGCCUGCUUCAAAAUAUAGGUGAUUAGAACAUAGAGCAGUUGUUUUCUCUACGUAUAGGGAUGCUUUAGUUAAAAUACAGAAGAUAUUGUUUCAAUGAAACUGUUGUAAGAGCUGUACAACAGUUGUAGCUUUGUGAUAGCAACACCACUCAAAAGGUUACUUCACAAUAAAGUGUUCAAUAGGAAA